AUGGCUGGCACUAAGCGUUCUUGGGAAGGCAAACCACUCCGUGACGACGGCACUCAAACCCAAACUGCCAUAGCGAUGAGUGAGCCAUCCGGCCAGAUUCUCUCGAUUUUCAGGACCUUUCGCGACGAGUUAGACGAGCAUCAUGAUCGGCGCGAGAGAUUGGUUAAAAUCUCAAGGGAUAUCACAGCAUUGAGCAAGAAGAUAGUCCGCACUAUCAAUGCGCCCAUCCCCGCCUCCAUCGCCAAAGAAACCCAAUCCCGCUUCACCCAAAUCCAAGACCUUUUCCGUUCCACUGUUCCAGAUAUAACUGGCAUAAACAACUGGCGCUACCAGCGCCAACUCAGCGGCGCUGUCCAAGAAUUCAUCGAGGCCAUUUCCUUCCGCCAGUACCUACAGACCCAAACCCUGAUUUCCCUCGAGGAAGUCACCACUCAACUUCCAUCGGAGAUCCUCGUCACAGAAGAAGAUUACCUGAUGGGGUUAUUUGACCUGACGGGUGAAAUGAUGCGGUUUGCCAUUACGACAUUGUCGACGGGUGCACAGAAGCAGCAGACAGACUCGACGGAGGAAGUAGAGAAUACAGGACAUUCGAAACUGGGCGAUUCGCAGGCUGGAAUUGUAGUUGAUUUACGAGAGAUGAGAUCGCUGUUCGAGGGAUUGAGUGUUCCGCGUCGUCAUAAUACGUUUAUGUAUAAGGAUAUGGCAAAGAAGAUGGAUGUGAUGCAGAGUAGUGUGGAGAAGGUUGAGCGUGCUGCGUAUGGGAUUUUGGUGCGUGGGAGCGAACGGCCUGCUGGGUGGAUGCCAGAUCUGUCGGCGCCUGUUGAGAUGGAGAGUUAUUGA